AUGAGAAGACAAGGAAUAUUAUAUCUAGAACAAUCACAAUCACUAAAUGCAGAUCCACACACUACAAUUACAUCUCCAGGACAAAAGUCAAAUGGAAGGAUUCAAAAGAAACCCAACCUCGAAUGCAUUCAAGAGAUUUUAAUCAAAUAUUUCGUGAGGAAAACGCGAGAUGAAACUCCUACCUCAGUAAUAACUCGAUGCAAGGGCUGUGAGAAUACAGAAACUGAUAUUUGGAAAAAAGAAACAACUCCGAUCCCAAAAAAAAGUCAAGAUUGUACAUUUAAGACAAAACGGAUCAGUAAUGACCAAACAAAUAACACCCUUAAAUACGUUCAAAAAUCAAAGCAUCAAAUGGGAAUAGGAAUUAAAAUAAUCAACAAUCAACAAAUCAAUCUUGUUGAUGAAGAGGUUCUGCAUUUAAUUCCCAAGAGCAGAACUAUGGGCGUUCUUAAUAGAAUUAAAUUAUUACCUCCCAAACCAACGGCAGAUGAAAAAGAUCAUUAUGACAUUCAAAAUUAUUUAGAUCGGGUGAAAGCAUUUGAAUGGUAUAAGAAAGCUGUAGAAUGUGGUGGUAUUAGCAGUCAAUAA